AUGUCUCCAUCAUCCACCUCCCCGCCCAUGCCCGACGAUAGGGCGAGCAAACGGAGGAGCCAGGAUUCCGACAAUCCUGCCCUUGAUGAGACCAUCUCCCCUCUGGAUCCAAGAAGAUUCACGCCCACUCUUCAUGCCUCUCUGGUUUCGGAAAUCCUGUCCUUGAGACGGGAUAUGGAUAGCCGCACCGAUGACAUUGAAAAAUUGGAAAUGAGCCUUCAUGCGGCCCAGACUCAAAAUGGAGUACUUAACAAUAAUCUACUGCAGGCGAACAAGGAAACCCGAUCGGUCAAACGACAGAUGCAGCUUCUGGAAGGUGGUACGCUUUCGGCCUUGAAUGAAUUGGCAAAAGAACGAGACGAUGCGCUACGUGAUGUCUCCGAUCUACGCAGACGACUUGAUCAGAGUCAGGCAAAAGCAAAAAGCCAAGAAGAGCAGGCUGAGAAAACACAGGCUUUGUGGGACAAAGAUAAAGACACAUGGCUUGCUGAGCGCCGAGGACUUGAGACCAAAAUCCACAUCGCUGAAGGCCGUCUCAAAGUCGUGCUCAGUGAAGUUGCCAAUGCUCACCAGGCACCUCCUGUUUCUCCAACCGAACGAAACUGUCAAAGCCGGAACAGCACCAUGGAAAGUCCUAGCAAGGGUUCCAUCCUUACUCGAAGAGGUCGUAGACACAGUGCUACUUCAGUCAACAGCGAGGUCCAUGGUGGACGAGUGUCGGUUAUGAGCUUCCACAACGGUGUCUCGACAAACCUUGCGGAUGAAUUGGCUUUCGAUGAACUGGAGGAGGACAUGGCCAUCGCCCAUGAAAAUGACGAUGGUAGACUCUCCCCUGAUGCAUUGCCUGAAGAACAAAUUCGACCCGCCUCAAGCUUAUCCCUCAAGGCUCGAAAGAUUCUUGGACUUCCCCUGGAUUUCGGGGAUGUGGAACGAAAUACCAGCCCGGAACAUGACACCCUCAACACCAGCUCAUUGCUUGAUGGCAUUCGACGUCGCAUCAGUAUCAAGUAUGUCGACACAGCCAUUCAAUUCUCACCCCCACCCUCCCCAUGGCCAAUCAUGGAAUCACCAGCGAAAGCAACCUUGCAUCGACCGGCCGAGAUUCAGACUUCCGCUGUCAAACAAAUCAACUCCAACCAGAGUCCAGUGAGCCCUGUAGAGAGUAUUGAGUUCCCUUGGACAAUACAGAAACCAGUCAUGGUAUCUUCAUCUUGUCAAACUGUGGAGGCGCUGCCUAGUCCACCACUUACACCCGAGAAGCGUGAUGCUGUCCUUCCUACUAUACCAGAAAGUACUCUAGAAAGAAUAGAGACUGCCACCACGGGAACACAAACAGAGCCUAUGUCAGUGCCAAUUCCUGUCGACCACGGUCACAAACAUACGUCCAGCGAAGAAACCUUGGAUUUGAAAAUCCCCCUCAUUGCAAUUAUUCCUCCUGGAUCAAGACCUGCGACCCCUGAAACCAACGUCGUGUUACCACCGAGAACCAAAAAUGCGGGUACCCAGGUGUCUGUCCAGUCUCUCGCUGGAUACUCAUCAACAUCAAUGCAGACUGAAGAAAUUCGAGUCGACAAAAGAUCAAUCGUACCACCAUCCGAAAUGCCACCAGCUCCUCUGUCCACCCACUUCAGACCGCCCAUCUCAUCGAGAGCACUACCACCCCCAAUUUCCAGAAGUCGAACGCCCCCUAUUGCGCCCAUGUUGCCAUCCAGACGCUCCGUACCAGGACCGUCUAAAGCACCACCCAUGAAUGACAAUGGGCCUCUCACAAGAGAUCUGGGUUCGAAUAUGCCACGCCCCAUACGUUCCAGUAGUCUCUUCGCCGGUUUUGAUGACGAUAACGAAAAUCGCGAUGAUCUUUUUGGCGAGGACAGUUUUCAUGACGAUGACAUUUUCAGUCGGCCCACCGCAAAGUUUACCCUCAAAUCAGGCAGAAUGGUCUCUCAAGACCCUCUUUUGGAGGAUGUCGAUGAACAAGCUGCAGCCACUGCUGGAGAAGCCGUGGCCUUGGAGAAUCUUCGUCUUUCUGAAGAUAGCCUACCACCUGAGAUGAAGGCCAUUUUGUUCCAAGCCCGAAUCAAUCCCCGCAAUACAACUCAACGUCAAGGCCCUCCUUCGCAGAAACUAAAGAAAGUGCCUUCAUUGAGAUCAAACAACAUGAGACGCGCCGCAAUGAUAUCGAAUGGAGCAGCCGCACAUCAGUCUUCACACUCGCAAUCCACGACUGCCUCUUUCGACAGUAAUAAUCCUCCACCUUUCCCCGUACCAUUGAGGUACAGCUCUGCAAGGAUUGGAAAGUCGAUCAGUGAAGGCGGGCGCAGCUCUCCCGGAAGCAGUAAUGCUUCGCCAACCAAACGCCCGAAGCACAAGACGAUGAAACCAUUGUUGAGAAAAGCAAGAUCUGGCCCCGCUAUUUCACCUCACUCACAAGCACGUCGUGCGCGUAGUCGAUCUCCUCCAGUUGAUCCAAGAGUGUCCAUUGUCCCGGAGAUGCCCAGCUUUCAAAUGCCAACAACUAUGCCCGCACCGUUCUUAGCUGAACCCUACAGUAACCCGCGAGAAGCAAGUGCUCCCCGACCAUCCAUCGCAACUGGUCCAAGCCGACGAGGUACUCAUACCAAAACGAAUUCCGAUGCAGUCUCAAUGCACCAAACCUCCGUCGUGGACUCCAUUGCACAAACCAUGGUUGGCGAAUGGAUGUACAAGUAUGUCAGAAGGCGCAAAUCAUUUGGAGUCACUGACAAAGCCGAUUGGGAUGCCAACAAGAGUGUGGAGGAGAUUUCGCAAAGCGUUACAAACAAUGGGGUCCGGCAUAAGAGGUGGGUUUGGCUUGCACCAUAUGAACGAGCGGUUAUGUGGUCCAGCAAGCAACCAACCUCGGGAACUGCGCUGAUGGGCAAAAGUGGUCGGAAAUUGACGAUCAAAUCCGUCCUCGAUGUCAAAGACGACAACCCCAUGCCGAAGGGUUCAUUGAUUGGACCACAUUUCAACCGUUCGAUCUUGAUUCUGACACCUCAGCGAGCACUUAAAUUCUCUGCAACUUCUCAAGAGCGACAUUAUGUUUGGCUGACUGCUCUCUCGUUCCUCUCACAUUCUCCGCUCAGUGUCAAUGAGCUGACGGCAGUCCCUCCUCCACCACCGCUACCUGAGCAUGAGAUUUUGCAACCUCCGCCUCCAUCCCUUGCUGGCUCCCUUAGGCGAAGACCGAUCCGAGAUUCGAUUCGAGUUGCAAAGAAUGCUGUUAGAACAGGCACUUCGAAUGGCCAAAGAUCAUUUACAACCGACGGAUCCCUCCCAGUCCACGAUUUUCGACCACAAUCGCGCGACUUCUACGAUCCAAUGACCGAUCCCGCACUUCCACCCACCAUUCCUCGUCAUUCGAGAAAAAGAAGCAACACCGCUCCAAGAGCACCACCAAGUUCCUUCAAAACUUUCUCGACCAAGGACGCUACACCUAGCCUCCCAGGUCCAGGUUCUACAUAUUCGCAUAGCAUUCAAUCAACGGCAGUGUACUCCUCUGAUCGAGGACUAUACACUCCGAGCUUAGGAAUGCAAAGCCUUGUCAGCAGUCGCCGUGGAAGCGAGGCAAGUGCUUCUGGGAGACCACCACUCCCAACCAUACUCGUCGAUCCCAACCAAGCAUCAACUAUGAGAAUGGAUGCAUUUAUUGAGGGAAAGGUUUCGACGUCGUCGAGUCGACCUUCCUUCAAUCUCUUACGAGGGCAAACUCGCAAGAAGGACAUGUCCUAUUGGGGCAUCGAGCAAGGAAGGGAUAGUAUCAGUCCCGUGGACUCGCUGCUUCAUAGUGAAAUGAUGGCAGCAAGCUCUUCAACUCGGGGCAGUAACGAAUCCCGAGAUCCCUGGCGCGGUUUCUAA